GUCUCGUUUCUACAACACUACAUCUCUAUUGUGCUUUGGACCUCAAGCGAGAGAGCUCGGCUUUGACUAAUUUGUGGCUGUACACAAUGCCGUCUUCACUAGUCCAAAGGGUGUCCGGUCGGCCGAUCUCACUAGGAAUCGACUGCGGAUAGCACACAGGCUCCAAUGUUGAGUGAGGGUGUCUCUUGUUCGUUGUAAUCUCGAAACCAUUCGACACUCGCCCCCCACCUAUCAUGCCAUUGAUCAUACCGACUCUGAUCUUCGCCGUGGCUCUAUCUCUGCUACCUUAUGUCGAAGACGACAUCGUGACAACGGAGGAGGAAGAUUCCACAGGGCGGAAAACGCCAGCCUAUGGAGCAGGAGGUCAACUGACCGAAAUAGAGGGAAGAUCGCCUCAAGUGAGGAAAGAAUUGAGACUGACUCAGCCUACGUGUUGCCUGACGUCACACAGAAGGCUACAGGCUCUAAGUUACUGAGUACUUCGUGAUGAGCUUCGGUGAAAGACGCUGGCUAACAAUCCAUUCGAGCGGCCAAUGAGAAUGAGAAUGAGACCGAGAACUUGACCUUCUCCUCUACCAACAUGACUGGACAGAUCACACCACGCACUGUAAUGCAACCAAGUCGGAAAAUCAUUACACACCCUGAAAGAACAUUGACAACAAGGUCUGGAAUUCCCCAUCCAGGCAUCGUCAGAGGGUCUUGACCCCUCCCAUCAAGGACUGUGGCCGAUACCACACUGAUCUGAGUGGAACUCUCAACUGACAUACAUCCGCACAGUUCCAUCUUUGCGCUGAUUCAGUAGUGUGGCUGCGCCCCUCCCGCCGUUCUCGCGAUCUCUGUGCCUCGGGGUCUCUGCUCG